UCUAACUCGAGGGCUUGGCCACACACCCACAUCAGGUUCACGCACACACACACACACACACACACACACACAAAGCCACAGAGCCACAGAGCCACAGAAAGAUUGACAUCGCCAGCGUUAGUCACUGGAGAGGUUAGUAAUGUGGCGGCGUGUGCCUGGAGCCUGUCGUGCCGCCUGCUCUCCCGACAUCACCUGCAGCCUCCAGCCUCAUAUUCCUCCAGCAGCCGCAGAACAGCCUGCUCCUCUAUAAACACUGCAGAAGAUACAGCAGGGUCAUCACCCAGAGGGCCCAGACCAGACAGGGAACAAGAAGAAGAAGAGGAGGAGGAGGUCCAUAAAGUGCUCUGACAGAAUUUGACAGAAUUUGACAGAAUUUGACGAAAUCUGACAGAAGAUACGAAAAAACACCUGCUGCUGUUGCUGCUGCUGCUUCCAAAUACAGAAGUCAUACCUGCACAGGAGGUCAUGGCUAGUCCAGUGCGGGUCCACCCAGACAGUGCCCUGCUCCAGCCCACCCGCAGCGGCUCUGUUUUUUCAGAGAGUUCUCUGGCUCACCUGAAAAGAGAGGAGAUGGAUGUGGAGAAUCUGGAGCUGGUGGACAGUAAACCACGGCUGGACAGCUCGGAGCGAGGGCUCACGGGACUCUACCUGUCCUGCUUCGACAUGCUGUUCACCGAGGAGGCUGCCUGGCUGGUGAGGGUGGCGGAUUCCUCAGGUUCUGUCAGUGUUGGACCUCGUCUUGAACCGUGUCCAGAACCAGAGCAGUGCCCGGUCAUCGACAGCCCUGGGCUGGGAGGUGAACCGCUCUCUCCUGGCCUGGAGGACCAGGUGGAGGAGAGGUCUCUGGAGCAAGUGCAAAGUUUGGUGGUGGGAGAAGUGUUGAAGGACAUUGAGACAGCCUGCAAGCUGCUGAACAUCACACCAGAUCCAGUGGAGUGGAGUUGUGGGAAUGUGCAGAAGUGGCUGCUGUGGACGGAGCAUCUGUACCGCCUCCCUCAGGUGGGCAAAGCCUUCCAGGACCUGGAUGGGAAAGACCUCUGCGCCAUGACAGAGGAAGACUUCCGCCAGCGCUCGCCACAAUGCGGCGACACGCUGCACGCACAUCUAGACAUAUGGAAAUCAGCUGCCUGGAUGAAGGAAAGGUGUUCAGUAGGAGAGAGCAGAAUCACAGCUGGAGAGGAGCUAUGGUCAGAAGCAGACUCGUCCUGCUCCGGUCAGCCCAUCCACCUGUGGCAGUUCCUCAGAGAGCUGCUGCUGAAGCCGCACAGCUACGGACGCUGCAUCCGCUGGCUUAACAAGGAGAAAGGCAUCUUUAAAAUUGAAGACUCUGCUCAUGUAGCGCGACUCUGGGGCCUGAGGAAGAACCGACCUGCUAUGAACUAUGACAAGCUUAGUCGCUCCAUCCGACAGUACUACAAGAAGGGCAUCAUCCGCAAACCUGACGUAUCUCAGAGACUCGUCUACCAGUUCGUUCACCCAGUAUGAGUCCAGAGCUCGUACUCGAUGAGGCAAGAGGACUGACUGAUAUCUAUGCACUGACAAGCAUCCCCCAAAAAAACAGCAGGCUACACUUAUUAACCUAGCAAAAAACUGAUUUGCUAAGACGUCCUGUCAUUACAAUACUGAUAUCUGUUAUUACAAUAACUAUAAACUAAUGGUCUGGACUGAAAAAUAUGGAAAUGAUACAGUAAAAUGAAGAGAUAAUCUAAUUUUGAGAUGGUUGUAAGAAUUUAAUACACAUUUUCUUACCUUUUUGAACAUUUCAUUGAAUUAUAGGUCCUAUCUUAGGGCCAACACUCUCUAUUUUCAUGCCUUCUGCCUGCUUUGUCUUAAUAGCAACAGAGUUUAGGAAUAUAUUCACGUGCAAAGAUGUGAAAAAAUGAGGUGUGUUCAGGUAAAUUUUGUAAUUAACGUGAACCCUAAGAACAGUCAAAAGUCAGAUGUUCAUUGCUUUCUUAACAAUGCAGGCACGCAGUAGUGCACAAACCCAACUUUUAUAUCAAUAAUAAACAGAAUACUAAAUAAAAUAACAUUGCUUAUCCCACAUGAACAAGCAGGUCAUUUUCCUCUGCUAAGUAGCUGCGCCAUUAAAAUAGCAAUCCAGCAAAAUCAGAGCUCACCUGACUCUUAAAGUGAGCUUAAAGUAGCAUGCUGAUUGGUUUAUUUCACGUUAGCCCUAAAACUCAUCCAUGAUUAUUUAAAAAGAAUUAGAACAUGCCUUUUGUGCAUUUUGAGCUGAGCAAGGUGUACUUUUCCCGUUGUUAUGAUAGCAAAAAUAGCGGCUCAACUACAGAUCGCUAAAAUAGGGCCACGAUAACUUGCUCAAUUGCCAGAGUAUUCUAAAAUCAAUCAAACAAUUAAUAAAGCAACUAAUUAGUUAAGCAAUAUAUAAAGUUUUAUAAGUUGAUCUAAGCUUUAAGCAUGGGCGUGGUAGUGGGGGGAAAAGUGGACCUGACUACCCAGGGCCCGAGUAGGGAGAGGGGCCCAUGAAAAUCCUGAUUUUUUUUUUGCUCACUUUCCUUUGUUUACUGGCAUGGAUAGGGGCCCAUUAACAUAGAGGGUGUACAGGGCCCAGAAUUUGCUGCUACGCCCCUGGCUUUAAGGAAUAAUAUGUUCUCAAUAGUUCUUAACUGGGAACUAUUGGAGAGAUCUUAUUUUAGAAGACUAUUUAACGUAUAUCAAGACUUGUUUUUACAUGUUUAAGUUGUUGCAUCGUCUUAAAAUGCAGGUUAUUUCACUUACAGAAUAAGUUUAUGGAAUAAUUUCUUAAAACAUGCAAAAAAUAUGAAGAAAAAGAAUUCUUACAAAAAUCUCAAAAUUAGGUUUUGCAGUAUGUUGAUUCAAUUUGUAAUGUUUUUUUUUUUUACUUGACAGGAUUGUGUUUUUGCAGUUUAAUAAAACAAUGAAGUCCAGUUAAAUCUCCCUAAGGAUUUAGCAUUUUUCUACAGCUUAAUUCCUUAUUUUAUUUUUAUUUAUUUUAUUGUCAAGAUUUGGUUCCUGGACUUAAUAUGAUAUUGUGGUGGUAUAUACAGUAACUAGUUUAUGGGUUUAUAUGGUUUCUACAUGAUCAGAAGUUACAAAAAACAUGUCUGGGUACAUUCGCAUGGUCUGCCUGUCUUUUACAAUCUCUCUAUUCGUUCCUCAGCACUCGAGCAUUCAGAUCUGGGCUGGGUUGCAUCACUUUUGCAUAAGUUCAAACGUAGGCUAUAUAUA